AUGGUGAACAAGGGCGUGGUGUUCAUGGCCGGGCAUUUCUGCUCCGGCUCGUCCAUCCCGGCUUCGGCGGUGUAUGACGAGGAAGGCAUCGUGCAGAUUUCGCCGGCGUCGACCAAUCCGAAGCUCACCGACGAAGGCGGUCCGGGUACCUAUCGCGUCUGCGGUCGGGACGAUCAGCAGGGCAUCGUAGCGGGGAAUUACAUCGUAGACAAUUUCCCAGGCGCCAGAAUCGCCCUCCUGCACGAUAAGACCGCGUACGGCAAGGGUCUGGCCGACGAAACCCGCAAGCAGUUGCAAAAACGCGGUGUCGAGGAAGCCAUGUACGAGGCCUAUACCGCCGGCGAGAAAGACUACGCGGCCCUGGUGUCCAAGAUGAGGGCCGAUAAGAUUGACGUUAUCUACGUCGGCGGCUACCACACCGAGGCCGGGCUGAUUCUGCGUCAGGCGCGCGAUCGCGGGCUGCAAGCGCAGUUGAUCUCUGGCGAUGCCCUGGUCACCCAGGAGUACUGGCAAAUUACCGGCAGCGUCGGUGAGGGCACGCUGAUGACCUUCAGCCUCGACCCGCGCUACGUGCUGUACACGUACGGCGCCGUUCAGGCGUGGGCGCAGGCGGCUGAAAAGGCCGGCACGACGGACUUCGACAAGAUGGUUGAGGCACUCAAUGCCAACCAGUUCUCGACCGUGCUCGGCGAUAUCGGCUUCGACGACAAAGGCGACGUGACCGCGCCUGGCUACGUCUUCUACGUGUGGAGCAACGGCUCCUACGAUUACGUCCAGUAG